UCAGCACCUCAGGCAUACCUGAGCCGCCAUGUUGGAUGUGGUCCGCCUCCUCUUCCAGGCCGGGUGGGGCACUUUCUACUUUACCUGGGCCCGCUGUACACGGGACGUAAUGGCGAGAUAGUUGGACUUCGCUGCGACUACGUCGACUUUACAUCCCCUGCAAUGAGCAAACCACCCCGUUCAACCCGGGGCCACAGGGAGAGAAACGGGGACCACCGUCACCCCCGUGAACCAGGCGAUGGCAACCGCUCCUCAGCUGACAGGACAUCUUCCCGACCGCCUUACUAUGACAGAGAUCCAGACCAUCAUCCCAAACGUGCGCGGGACGUACCGCAUGUUGAACAUAAUGACUCCAAAUGCACACACAUGUGCUCCAGUAGAGGUAUUGUUCUGAUCUGUUCUGUCCUGACCAAUGGCCUAGUCCUGAUCUGUGUGGUCGCCGCUCAGAUGGUGACGUCAGGCUUAUCUUCCAUGGGCGGACUUGGCAGCUUUGACAUCAACUCCAACUUUAACCUGCAGGGCACAGAGCUGCAGAAGGUGCGCGAGCUGGACAUGCAGUACAGCCAGAUGAGAGCUCCUGGCAUCUAUGGCGGCAUUGCAUUCAGCCUGACAAUGGGCGUGGUCUCGCUGCUCUUUGUGGUUGCAGGCAACAAGCCCCCCCACCAUUUGUCCCGUAAGCUUUUAUAUGGGGCGCUGGUGUUUCAGGCAGCAGGUGCCGUUGCCUAUGUGGUGGCCGUCGGUCUCUACCUGUACUUUGUCAUUGGUGUCAACGCCACUGAUGUUUGCGAGCAGCGUGAGCGGCUGUAUGCACGAAACGGGUACACCUGGAUGAACUGUGAUGUCAGCGGGGCGGAUGCAGCCGUGGCUUUAUUUGGACUUAUCACAGCCAUCCUUUACACCGCCGGGACAGUGCUCACCAUCCAAACCAUCCGUAGGGUGAAUCAGUACUUGCAGGAACGUAAACGCCACGAGGUGGAGCGAGAGCAGCCCAGAUCCCAUCCACAGAGAGCCCCGCUGAGGGCUGAAACCACCUCUGUGUGACUGACACCUAUGGGCACUUACUCUGUUCCCAGUGUGCUACAACAGUUUGUUAAUCUUUUUAUCAUUCAUUUUGUGGAACCAGUCAUUGUCUGAUUUAAACCCCUCAUUUGUCUUUUGUAAGCACAUCAGGAUAUGUGGUUUUGUUUUUUAAUAACCAUAUUUUUAUUGUUCUCUUAAUUGCUACUUAAAAAUGCAAUCUGAGAAUGAAUCCAACUUGAAUAAUGUGAUGUGUAUUUCUAGUACAAAUGUAAGAAUUUUAAAGCUAUGUCUGGAAUCAACUUUACUAUUUGUAUGUUGGCUUGAGAAUGGAUUAAUGUAGAGGUUAUUGUUAGUGGAAGCCUUGUUUAGGAAAAACCCUUUCCACAUAAUUUAAAUAUGAUCAAAGACCGUGAGGGGACACUACAGUUAUAAGUAUACUACAGAAGUUGUGGUCACCCUGUUGUCUUUCAUAGGCUCCCUGGCAGCCUGUCACACAUUCAUACAGGACACAUUAUACAGUCAACCCACAUAACAGAAGAAAUUCAGCAGAGUGAAGUACAAGUUCUAAAUGUAACCAUUUCACAAAACUCAUUCUUUGUAGAGCAAUGCAACAAUUGAAGAUAGAACAUGUAAUGUUUUGCAAGGUUUGUCUAACGCGAGUCGUUGCAGUGCAGUUUCCAAGAUAUUCAUCACGGCAAAACACUCCUGCAAGUUCUCUUUGUCAUCCUCAGGCCACAUUUAUUGUACUGUACGUUUAAAUAUACUACUUUGUUUACAUUCUGAUCAUUAGUAUGAUAACUUCAGCAUUUAGUUGAAAGCUCGAGUUUGGGUGAUUCCUGCUUUCAACAACAACCAGGAAUCAUUUUCAUCCACGUAAGCUGCCUUCCAUACAUGUUUUCACACCCAUGAUUUAUUAAAGGCUUCAAUCAACACAGUUA